UGGCUCCCCUGGAGGAAAGCGCACCCAGGUCUCACAUUAAAGAAGCCAAACUGUCUGCUUCAAAGAGAAAAGGCAACAUCCUGUCACAGGCCAUGCUCUGGCAAAAACCCACAGCUCCAGAACAGGCCCCAGCCCCACCCCGGCCCUACCAGGGUGUCCGUGUGAAGGAGCCAGUGAAGGAGCUGCUGAGGAGGAAACGUGGCCACGCCAGCAGCGGGGCACCAGUUACACCUACUGCGGUGGUGCUGCCUCAUCAGCCCCUGGCGACCUAUACCACCGUGGGUCCUUCCUGUCUUGACAUGGACGUCUCUACCUCCACAGUGACGGAGGAGGGGGCCCUGUGCACGGGCUGGCUCUCCCAGCCCGCCCCGGCCGCCCUCCAGCCCCUGGCCCCAUGGGCGCCCUAUACCGAGUAUGUGUCCCACGAAGCUGUCAGCUGCCCCUACUCAGCUGACAUGUAUGUGCAGCCUGUGUGCCCCAGCUACACGGUGGUGGGGCCCUCCUCAGUGCUGACCUACGCCUCUCAGCCACUCAUCACUAACGUCACGGCCAGAAGCGCUGCUGCCCCCGCGGUGGGCCCUUCCCUGGAGGGCCCGGAGCACCAGGCCCCCCUCACCUAUUUCCCGUGGCCUCAGCCCCUGUCCACUCUGCCCACCUCCACCCUACAGUACCAGCCUCCGGCACCAGCCCUGCCGGGGCCCCAGUUUGUCCAGCUCCCCAUCUCUCUCCCGGAGCCAGUCCUUCAGGACGUGGAAGACCCCCGGAGAAGCGUCAGCUCUCUGACCAUUGACAAGCUGCUUCUGGAGGAAGAGGAGAGCGAUGCCUACGCGCUCAACCACACUCUCUCCGUGGAGGGCUUCUAGGGCCCCUCCCCGAGAAUCCUGCUCCCUGAAAC